AUGGCCGCAGUUCAUACUAAUACUAUCGCACAUACGAAUUAUCCAGCUGCGCCAUCGCCAUUGACAGAUUCAGGCGCAUGGGACAUUCUUGAACAGUAUCUCACUACAGACAUGAUGUACCCUCAGAUGGAGGAGGCGUUUUCUGCAUACCUCGUCGAAGUCAGCAUGAUCGAUUGUCAAGGAUUUGUGUUCAAUGAUCGCGUAGGACGUCCCAAAUCUAAUCCGUACAUCUUGACCGAAGCAGAAGAUGGAACAGAAGGAGAGGAGGAUGACGAUGAUGCAGAUGGGCCUUCUGCACAGUCACCGAAGGUUGUACACAUUAUCGGAACCGAAAUAGCACAGAUUACAUCGCUGAACAACUUCGGCAGUCAAGGGUUUCAUGUUACGGUGUCGAUCUGGACAGCAGGCCAAUUGUAUGUUGUUGCAGACAGUCCUAGAACCAUCACGGCAUCGCUUCCAAUAUCACACACUUUCGCUGUCAAGCAGUAUCUUCGAAUUUCAGAAGAUGAAUGCGAAGCGGUAGAGUGUUCAUGCUCCAAACUCCCCAGCCCAGCGUGGGCGAUUCAGGCCAGAGUGAUCGCAGGGGAACUUCGACCUAAUGUUCCGCGUGCUUGGAAACGAUCUUUGAUGGAAACCGAAGGUCAAUUGACGUUCGACUCGAGGAUGUGGAACAUAUUUUUUGUGUCGGUGACGACAGUUCGAGUGGUAGCAGGUCCAUACCUGGGUUUGGAGGGGCAAAUCAUUCAAAUUAGCGAUGAUGUAUUUCACGUUUGCCAAGGAGUCUCUAAAGAAGAAGUACUUGUUUCGAGGUACUAUUUAGACCGUUGCCCUUUGCAUCACAUCCUCCAUUCAUCGCUGCCCACGCAGCAACACCUAUACUCGCCCCCUGAGUCCGAAUCUCUGCAAGUCGGGGAUCAUAUUGAAGUGCUUGCGGGCGAGCACUGGAAGAAAUGCGGCAUCGUGGAGUGGAUUCCAACGGGGGGAACCAUGUUGUGGUUUCGUGAUGCAAGCCCUGUCUUGGCUGGGGAUGAUGUGGAGUCUGGUGUCGGACCGUUCAGAAUCCAAGUUCCUGUAACCAUCGUUCAGCGGACCAAGCUCCCCAAUACGCUAAGAUAUACAAAAGACAAGGGCUAUGACGUGAGGCCUGGAGACGUUACUAUCAAAGCAAAGGGGUCGUACAGAGCGUCGACUUUCCAAACUGCUCGUUUGACCCUUCUAUCUGAUAGUGAUCACUCCCUCAUUGAUGUCCCUAUCACCUUUGUAAUCAAGAAAUCCAAUAUUAUUGGCCAUGAAGUUUUCAUUGUUGGGGGCGACCGAAAAGGUUACCGAGCUACACUACACGACGUCGCUUCCGACACUUGCACUGUCACUGUGCACGGGCAGGCGCGCACUACUCUUAGACGCCAGGACGUUGUCACCAGUUAUGGAAUGAGAUUAAAUGGUGCUAUAUUGGAAGGUCCAGAUUUGAUUUCCUUCUGCGACAUCCGGAGAAGAUCGUACACGACGAUGCCGCAACAUCGAAGCAUUACCCCCCCGCCUGUCCGACUUCCAUCUAGCUCAUCAGGCAGAAGCCUGUCAUCAUGGACCUCCUGGGCCGCCGACCCAGAGGGUAUUGUAGACCACCCUUUAUCGAGCAUCGCUCCCAGCUCGUCGACAUUUGAUCGCUGGAUUGUCAAUCCCGAGGACACUCAAGAUAAUAUUGACACCAGAGCAGUGUCUCUCCAAGACAGUGGCCUGUUGCCUUGGUUAAUGAGCAAGGAGUUUUCCUCGACAUUCCUUUUUCAUCAUGUGGUAUUGAAAGUCGGAGCGCUGCGAUUCAACAUUACCAUAUCCCCUCCAAAGAUUUGA